AUGAGUUUAGCACUAAGAGGAAAUUUAGGCUUUCUUAUAGGGAAAAAGGGAAGUGUUAAUGUUAAAACUACAUCCCCUAAGAAAUACUGUGUGCGACCAAAUGUUGGUGUUAUCUUACCAAAAUCUACUUCUGAAUUUUCAGUUACAAUGCAAGCUCCAAGGGCAGCUCCACCUGAUAUGGAAUGCAGAGAUAAGUUCUUAAUCCAAAGCACAAUUGUUUCUUCUGGGACAACUGAUGAGGAUAUUACAGCUAGCAUGUUUGCUAAAGAUGAUGGCAAGUACAUUGAAGAGAAAAAGCUAAGAGUAACUCUUAUUAGCCCACCCAACUCACCAAUGCUGUCACCAAUCAAGGUAGACUUGAAGCAGGGGCUGGGGCAUGAAGCUUUGAAUGAUCAAGUAUUUGGUGGGGUUGCAAUCCUCCCUCAACAGAACAUGGUUACAAAGGAUGCAAAGUUCACAUCUGUUAAUAGCAAGGAGUCCAAGCCAAUAACGGAUGCUGAGUUGAAACCAGCAAAGGAUGUGGAGUUAAAACCAGCAAAGGGUGUGGAGUUGAAACCAGCAAAGGUUGUGGAGUUGAAACCAGCAAGGGAUGUUGAGUUGAAACCAGCAAAGGUUGUGGAGUUGAAACCAGCAAGGGAUGUUGAGUUGAAACCAGCAAAGGUUGUGGAGUUGAAACCAGCAAGGGAUGUUGAGUUGAAACCAGCAAAAGAUGUGGAGUUGAGACCAGAAAAAGAUGUGGAGUUGAGACCAGCAAAAGAUGUGGAGUUGAAAACAACACAGGAUGUGGAGUUGAAACCAUCAAAGGCUGUGGAGUUGAAACUAGCAAGAGAUGUGGAGUUGAAUGCAGAAAAGAUUGUGGAAGACUUGAAGUUGGUUAAAGAUAUUCAGGAGAUAAAAUCGAAGCUAAAUGAACUUGAAUUAAAGCUGAGCCAGGCUGAAGUUACUAUUUUAAAGCUGACAGAGGAGAGGAGUUCAAGCAUUCAGGAGAGGAAAAAAUUACAGGAGCAAUUGGCACAAAUGAACCAAAGGGGGGUGAGUGUGAAAAGAGUCCAAGUUGGAUUUCCUCUACUAUAUGUUUGUAUGGUGGCGCUUAUCAGUGUUGCUCUUGGAUACUGUCUUCACCCUUGAAACAAUGUGUAUGAAGCCACUACCGUCAGUCAGUAGUUAGAUAAAUACGUAUAAAAUCAUUUUCCUCUCACUAUAAAUGUAUAGAUGAGGUAUAGAGGGGACAGUCUAGCCAAUAUACUCACAGAUAAGUGAAGUGCAUGCAUACGCGUUGUUCUCAUCCCCGUAAAAGGGGAAAAAAAAACCAUGUGAAAGCUUUGGCUGACAGCCAAGAAGCCAUCUUUUUGUUUGUGCAGACAUGUUGUUGUGAAUUUGUGAUACUAGGGUUGAAAGUUUGGAACAAAAAUUAGAAUGAGAAUUAGAGGCAUGAUGUUUUUAAGGA